AUGCCUGAAGACCGAUUUUAUACCAACUACAAGGUGAUGAAGGAACUAGUUCAAGAGGAGUCAGUGUUAAAAAAGGACUCCUAUAAGGAGAGAGACUCGUGCGUUACCACAGACUUGAGCAGAUCUUACGCCAACCACGACAAGGAGGAAGUAGCGAAGCUAGAGGAGUCACUGAUAAAGAAGGAGGCCCAGGAGGAAGACAACUUGUGCGCUACCGAAGACCUGAACAGUCUUUAUACUAACCAUGAGGAGUUACUAGUAAAAGAGGAACCCCUAGAGGGGGACGACUUGUGCGCUACCGAAUACCUGGACAAUCUUUAUACUGACCACGAGAUGAACGAGGGAGUAGUGCUGCAAGAGGAGUUAGUAGUAAAGAAGGAGCCCCGAGAGGACAACUCGCGCGCUACUGUAGACUUAGCCAGUCUUAAUACCGGCCACGUGGAAAAGGAGGGACUAGGGUUGCAUGAGGAGUUACUAGUGAAGGAGGAGCCAUGUGAGGAGGAUGAGCGCGUUACUGAAGACUUCCCCAGUCUUUAUGCCAAUCACAUAGUGAAGGAGGAACUGGUGCUGGAACCGGAGUGCUUACAAAAGCCCGGUGCACCUCUUGGCUCGGUGGAUGGAGCUAAUCUGAACACCUGUGGGCAACCGCUGGCCACCAGAUCCGCUGACAGAUCAACAAGUAGACAAUCCCCUAGUACUACUAUUACUACAUCCAGCAGACAUAUAGAAAAUAUUCCAAAUAAAAAAUACACCUGCAAAACAUGUGCCCAAGAAUUCGACCAAAACGAAAAAUUAAUGGUCCAUAAGUUAAGCCACUCUGAAAGCACAUACACUGGUUCACCAUGA